UCUGUGAUCUAUAAUUUUGAUUAGGUCUCUGUUAGGAUUAUUUUUUUUUGGACUUCGUACUGCGAACGAAGUUAAUUUUGUUUUCUAAUUAUUUACUAUUUUUAAGUUAAUUUAAGUAAUACUAAAUAUGUCUCGUGUUUUAGUAGGUGUUAAACGUGUUAUUGACUAUGCAGUCAAGGUUCGUGUUAAACCAGACAAAACUGGAGUAGUUACAGAUGGGGUGAAGCACUCAAUGAACCCAUUUGAUGAGAUAGCUGUAGAAGAGGCUGUGCGCAUGAAAGAGAAGAAACUGGCCAGUGAGGUCAUUGCUGUUUCUUGUGGCCCCACACAAGCUCAGGAAACCCUGCGAACUGCACUGGCUAUGGGGGCAGACAGGGCUAUUCAUGUGGAGAUUGCGGGUGCUGAAUACGAGACCUUGCAGCCUCUGCAUGUAGCCAAAAUAUUAGCCAAGCUAUCACAAGACGAAAAGGCAGACAUUGUUAUAGUUGGAAAACAGGCUAUUGAUGACGAUUCCAAUCAAACAGCACAAAUGACUGCUGCAAUCCUGGACUGGCCCCAAGGCACUUUUGCCUCUAAGGUAGAAAAAUCUGAUGCCGGUUUGACAGUGACCCGUGAGAUUGACGGUGGCCUGGAGGUGAUCAAGACCAAACUGCCCGCUGUGCUCAGUGCUGAUCUUAGAUUAAAUGAGCCUAGAUACGCUACACUGCCUAAUAUUAUGAAAGCCAAGAAGAAACCAAUGAAGAAAGUCAGCGCAAAGGAUCUAGGGGUCGACCUGUCCCCUAGAAUCAAAGUAGUGAGCGUAGAGGACCCACCUGUGAGGCAAGCGGGCGCCAUAGUCCCCGACGUCGACACUCUGGUCGCUAAACUGAAGGAAGGGGGACACGUUUAAAAACUACCCUCAACAUUGCUUACCACUUUAAUCUUUGUAUAGUUUAUGUAUAGUUGUUUUUGUACAUGGAUUUUUAAACAAUCAUUGUAGAUUUGUAUGCCUGUUAAAUACAUUUUUGUCGAGUUUAAUUA